AUGGCGUGCUGGACGCGUCACGCCCUCUGCUCCUUCGUUUUCCUGACUUUUCUUUGCACUCCGACCGGCUCGUCCGAAUCGCCUGCGCGGGACCACGUCACGCCUCCUUUUCCUACAGCGCAGGCUCCCGCCUCGUCGCCCUCGGAGCCGCAAACCUCCACGCAGCCAGUCCCGGGCGAGACCGACACUGCAGGCGACGCGUCUGCCGUAGACACCUCCUCUCCGGCACGGCCGGUUUCUUCGUCGACGACGCUCCUUUCGGAAGACGAAAAAGGCGCUGUGUCGGCGGUGCCGGUCCUGUUCGCCGCCUCUCCGGGCCAUCCGCUGGGUGCGUCCGCUGUGCUGCAUGCGCCCAACGGAGCCGUUACACAGAAACGUGCGAAUCUCCAGUUUUCCUGGCGGUCCGCUCAGUCCACUCCGCCUUUCUCCGCGUUCUUCGCGGCUCGCCGCCCCUCGGCAUCUCCGUUGCGCGGCGGCUCCUCUGCCUCCUCUUCCAGCGCGUCGGUGUCGGGGGAUGCCGAAGCCUUGGCAGAGAAUCUGGAGCGAGUCGUGGAGCAGCAGGCGCGGGAAAAUGCGGAGUUUGCGGGGGUGGCUGACUCCAUUUCUCUCCUCAGCGGCAAUGACGGGACAUCCCCGGCAGAGAAGUGGGAGGUCUUCGGCGUGCAGAAACCGCCGGAUUUGCCAGAGAGCAUUUUCCUCGAACUGGCCAGCAAACUGCCCCACGAAGACGAGUGGAAAGCAGACGAGCAGCCCGACGGGUCCACGUAUUUCCUCCUCGAAACGGAGCCUUCGCGUCGGCAUUUCAAGGGCCGAAUUCUCUCCGACACAGAAUGUGGGCUGGCACUUCGCACCUACUUCUACAGUGGCCGAAGACGGCACGGGUCGGAGCCCAUCUUCGUCAAUGAGUUUGUCUCCACCGGCGCGUACAUCCCGUGUCCUGGAGAGGAGGAACUUGUGCGCCGAAAGUCGGGUCCUUUUUCUCACCUGGCUCCAGGCCGGCCUGUGCCCGUAGCGCCAGCGCCGAGCACCGGAGGCAGGAAAGCAGUUCUCCCGGAGCAACCAAAGAUACUCGCCCUUUCUGCUCAAGACGACGAGAGGUUCCGCUCCUUCCGCCAACUCGUUCUGGACUCAUUUCCGGAGUUCUGGGCCUUGGCAGAGCAACUGAAACCUACCUCCUUCCGCACGACGCACCUAGCGAGGUGCCCAAACCUCGUCUCGACGACAACGGAAUGUUCGACAAAGUGUGGGCGUGGCCAGGCGCUGUUCUUCCGCGUGCACCCUGACGGCAGGGAGUGCAGAGUUGUGCCGGUCCUUUCUGUCUGCGACGCGAUUUCCGGGUGUCCAGACACUGCCAGCAAGUGGCAAGCGCUCCACGUGUCGCGACCGGACUACAUUCCUCCGGCGAUCUUCGACGAGCUCGGCGCGCAGCUUCCAGAUGAGACGACGUGGCGAGAAGUUGACACCGAGGCUGGCCACUGCCCGAUCUUCGGCACGGGUCACACUCGGCGCUUUCAACGAGAAGGCGGAGAGAUCCUCGACGAUCAGACUCCCGGGGCGGCACUACGCGCCUACUUUGUUCGCGAAGUUCGCGAGGCCUCGCCUGGAGACUUCCAAUGCGUCUCCUUCCUGGGUUUAACCGAUGACGACAUCCUGGCUCCCAUUGAUGAGGCGUCGGUUGAUUUAGUCCUUUUAGAGAGUCAUAACUCUCUUCGUCGGCAGUACGGUGUCCACCCUCUUACGUUCGAUCCGAAUCUGAAGAAGUUCGCGGAGUUCUGGGCCUGGAAACUCGAAGAAGAAGGCUGCUGGAUUAAACACUCGGAUCGCGACACGCGAGUUGCCUACGUGAGACGCGCAUGCAUGCAGAGUGCAUGCACGACCACGCCCUUCGUCGCGAGUGCCUUUGUGCAUUUGAAUGCACGAAACCGGAAAACUGGUCAACGUUAG